AUGACCACCGCGACGGAAGAAGAAAUAGAGGGGAGCGUGAACAACAACAACAACAACAACAGCAGCAGCAGCAGCACCACGAAAGCCCCGGUGGCAAAGAAGCAAUCGAUCCCGCAGCUCGUCACCGAGCCCGAUAACGCGCAGCCCGCCCUCUCACCAGACAGCCCGCCGUCCCCCCUCAGGCAGCCCACGCCCACACCGUCCUCCGAGAAGCCCCCUCGAUCGCCCAUUCUCAGUGCAGCACUCCACCCAUGCACAACCAUCCCCUGCGCAAUCACGCACCACAAUCUCUCCGCGCUCAAGUCGCUCCUCGAGACGCACCCCAUCAAUGACCCCAGCAUACCACUCCUACACCUCGUGAUAAUAUCCGGCGACGAAGUGAUGCUGCUACACCUACUCUCGGUCGGCGCCAACGUGGCCACCGUCUCUGCCGGACAAACACCACUGCUUCUCGCCGCCGAGGAGGGAAAGCCGCGCAUGGUCGAACUUCUACUCGCCAGCGGCGCAAGCCUCAAAGCGCGCUGUGAAAAAACUGGAUACACGGCGCUACACCUCGCAGCCUUCUACGGGCACCGUGAUGUCGUGCAGCUGCUGCUUGAGCGCGGGGCCGACAUCGAGGAAACGGUGGGGCGCGGACACACUGCGCUCGUGAUGGCCGCGCAGGAGGGACAUGUGGAUGUUGUGGCCUGGCUGAUCGAGAAGGGUGCGCAGGUCUCGGGGCUGUGUGGCGACGGGUUCACGGCGCUGCAUUAUGCGGCGGCGAACGGCAAAGUGGAGGUCGUGAAGCUCCUGCUGGAGAAGGAGGCGGAUGUGAAUGCGGCGACGGCGAGGGGGUAUACGCCGCUGCAUAAGCCGGCGUUCUUUGGGCAUCUGGAGACAGUGAAGGCGUUGCUGGAUCACAACGUUAAUGCGGCUGCGAGGAUCGAGGGUGGCCAUACGGCGCUGCAUCUGGCGGCCCAGGAGGGCUGGGAGAAGGUUGUAGACUUCCUGCUGGAGAAAAACCCGGAGCUUGCGGAGCUCAAGAGCGAUAUCGGGUCCACGGCGCUACACAUGGCCUCUCGGGAGGGCCAUUCGGAGGUUGUGAGGGUCCUCCUAAAACGAGGAGUUGACCAAACGGCAGUCGACAAGAGCGGAUACACCGCGCUCCACCUCGCAACCUUCUACGGCAAGACACAGGCCGCCGCAGUAUUCUUCGAGUCCGGCCCCAACGAGCUGGUAAACCGCCGCGUCAACAGCGGCCACACACCACUGCACAUGGCCGCGCAGGAGGACCACGUCGCAGCCAUGAAGCUCCUCCUCGAGCACGGCGCCGACAUCACCGCGCGCCUCGACAGCGGCUACACCGCGCUGCACAAGGCCGUCGAACGCGGACACGAGGCGGCCGUCACCUUCCUCCUGGAGCACGGCGUGGAUGUCGCCGCGCGGCUCAACGACGGCCGUACAGCGCUCCAUCUUGCGGCCAUUGGUGGGCACGAGGCGAUCGUAAGGGUGCUCAUUGAGAACGGCGCAGACGUGAAGGCGAAGGCCAAGGACUACCAUACAAAGUCGCUCCCGCCAUCGCGCGAUGGCGCACAGCUGCCCUUAUCGCCCCCAAAGACACCAGACAACGAUACGACCCCGGCGCCGGCGAGUCGACACCCGUCGAUAAAGAAGGGCGUGAAGCAGUUCCUAGAGAAGAGCCGCCUCAUCCACGUUGACGAAUCCGGCGACACCGCGCUACACCUCGCAAUUAUCCAGAAGCACCGGCACAUUGUCGCACUACUACUCGACAGCGGGGCAGAAGUGAACGGUCGGGGCAAGACGGGCAUGACGCCUCUGCAGCUAGCGGCGUCCACGAAGGGCGGCGAGGGGAUACUGAAGCUGCUGCUGGAGAAGGGGGCCGACAAGGGCGCGCGGACGGCGGAGGGGAAUACGGCGCUGCAUUUGGCGGCGGGCGCGGGGAACGAGGGUGGCGUGAGGGUGCUGGUGGAGGAGGGGGCGGAGGUGGCGGUGCGGAAUAAGGCUGGGGAGACGCCGGGGGCGCUGGCGGUGGGGGAUGGGAUGGCGGGGGUGCUGAGUGAGGGGCGGAGGGGCAGGGGACGGUCGUUUUUGGCGAGGUUUAGGAAGGAUUUGUAG